AUGGUACUUAAAUUACCGCCACUCGAAUUCACUGAAGCUCUAACAGAUUCGCCUGAAUUUCGUGAAAAAUUACGGCAACACGAGAAUGAACUCGAGAAUACAUCAAAUGCGAUCAAAACCUUAAUUAAAAAACUUAAUGAAGUCAUGGUAGCCAAUAAGACUUUGUCGAAAGCAUCGAGAAGUGUUGCUGAAACAUUGAAAAGUUUCAAAUUUUUUAUUGUUGGCAGCAAACAAACCGAAGAAGAACGAGACAUCGAAUCAUCGCUUUCAUACAUGGGUGAGGUUUUACAUCGAAUCGAAGAAGCACGAGAUGCACUUAAUGCAUCAUCGGAAACAUAUUUGAAAAAAUUGGAUGAAUUCCGUAAAACAACCAUUGGCAAAGCGAAAAAUAAGAAGAAAGAAUUCGACAAGACUACUCAACGUUAUUGUGCCAUGAUUGAAAAUAAUGCUAAGAUACCGACAAAGCGAUCCGAUUUAUUUCAAGAGGCAGAUGCAAAUCUUCAAAUGCAAACGAAAAAAUUCCGUGAAGAAACACUCGAAUAUGUCUUCUUAUUGCAACAAGUGCAAGAAAGAAAAAAAUUUGAUUUUGUUGAAACACUUUUGGCAUUGAUGCUCAAUUUCUUGUCAUUUUAUCAUGCAGGACAAGAAAUUUACAAAGAAUUCGAUUAUUUCAUUCGAUUUUUACAUCAUCGUGUUCUGAAAUGUCGUGAGAAUUUCGAUUGUUUUCAACGCGAAGGGGAGGAAUUGAAAUGGAAAAUGUUAAUGAGACCAGAAGACCAUCUAUUAAAAAAUCAAGAAUUUGACCGUGAAGGUUACCUGUUUCUUAUUGAACGAAACAAACUCAUUGGCACAACGGCAACAACAAAACAUUACUGUCAAUAUCGAAAAGAUAUCGGUUUACUCCGAAUGACUAGUUUUACGCAGACAAGUACAAAACAGCUAAUUCCGUAUGAUGUAUUUGUCCGGCAUUGCUUUGUUCAUCCAGCAGAUGAAAAAUUAGAUAAACGUUUUAUGUUCGAUGCGCAUGCGAUUGAGAAAGGUGGUUCAACAGAUAAAAUGAUCCUGUUUACCUUUCAAGCAACGACCGAGGAAGACUUCGAAGGAUGGGUAGCGAUCUGUGGCGGACAGAUUCAUGUUUCGAAACCACAGUCGUCAUCGAAGACAGAACUACAAAACGAAUUGGAUGAUUCGGGUAUCGAUUUCGUUAAAAAAUGCAUUCAAGUUAUCGAACGACGAGGUCUUGAUGAGCAAGGUCUCUAUCGUAUCGUUGGCAUGCAAUCGAAGGUCAAUUCUCUCGUUGCUGGUCAUUUCGAUGCUCACAAAACACUUGCUCAACGAUUAGCAACACCUGUUGAAGAAGAUAUGGAACUAAAAACAAUUUGUUCAGCACUUAAACUUUACUUACGUACGUUAACUGAACCAGUUUUUACAUUUAAACUUCAUAAUCGAUUUAUCGAAGCUGCGAUGAUGGAUGACAAAGCCGAACGUAUACGAACGAUUCAUAGUCUAAUGAAAGAAUUGCCAAAAGAAAACUAUGAUUUGUUGCAUAUUCUAAUGCGACAUUUAUAUAAUGUUUCAGAACAUAAAGACAAGAAUCUCAUGACACCGGUUAAUUUAGGUGUUUGUUUCGGUCCGUCACUACUUCGACCUGAAUUUGAAACUGUUUCAUCGAUUUAUGAUAUCAAAUUUCGUAAUGCAAUUGUCGAACUACUGAUUGAACAUUAUGAUAAAAUGUUUCAAGCGACACUUGAACAGCAAGAUAUCGAUGAAAUGGUUGGUUCAAGUGAAAAUGAUCAAUCUGCCGUUGUGAAUUUGAGUAAUUCACUAUCAUCAUUGACUUCAAUUACAAGACGAGCACCACCGCCAACAAGUGAAAUGCUCGAAACUACUGCCGAUGCAAGACGACGAGGUUUAUACAAUCCAGAUUAUUACAUCACCGAAACUAACAAGCAUCUUUUCCCGCCGAUGUCCGAAGACAAUUUAAGAAAAGAAUCUAGUUCAAGCAGUAGUUUAGAAUCUUUAAGUAAUGUCUCGACUGCCAACACUCAAUCGGUGCACAGUUCCAAUCCAUUCAGUGGUAUCAGUAGCCAUUUGCGCUCAAUUUCGUCAUUUUCGUUUACAAAGCAAUUAUCGCUACCUGAAAGUCAAAGUCGAUUAUCGACAAGUCUAUCAACAUCGUCAAACAUCGAACCUAUAAGUCCAUCAUCGUCCUCUAUACGAUCAACACCCAUCACCCAUCCAACACCCAAAGUGCCAACACGAGCGAUAACAUUGUAUCCGUGUGUGGCUGAUAACGAAACAGAACUCUCUUUCAAUCCCAAUGAAAUCGUUACCGAUGUUCGGACCUCGCGUGAGCCAGGAUGGUUAAUCGGUACCAUCAACGGUCGAACUGGUCUGAUCCCUGAGAAUUACAUAAGUUUUACAAGCGGUGUAUGA